AUGACUUCUGUUGCACAAAAAGGACCCAAUAAUCCCGGUCUCGACUACAACCACGCUGAAGACCCUACCUACAAGCAAUAUAGAGACGAGGCCAAGAAAUGGCACGACAAGAGAACCGAGUACUCCCAACAAUCACAAAAUGCCUAUCAGAAAGGUGAUAAACAGGCUGCCCACGAAUUGAGCGAGAAACUGAAAGAUGCACUUCGUAAAGCCGAAGAUGCCAACAAGAGAGCAGCCCAAUAUGUGUUUGUUGAGAACAAUGCUGACUCCAAGGGUAAUGAAAUUGAUCUCCAUGGCUUGUACGUGAACGAGGCCAAGUGGGUGUUGCAAAAGCGUAUCGGGGAGGCUCUCAGAACCAGCCAGCAAGAGCUUUUGGUGAUUGUGGGAAAGGGUAACCACUCCCAGAACGGUGUGGCCAAGUUGAAGCCUGCAAUUGAUGAAUUGUGUUCAGAGGCUGGUUUGAACCACUACAUUAGUCAAAAGAACAGUGGUGUGUUGGUCAUUGAUCUUGCCAAGACGCCAAACAUCAGAUUGCCAGACUCUUGGGAUACUCUGCCCUUCGACCACCAACCUUCAUCUUCAGGACAGGGCCAACAACAAUUCCAACAACAACAACCUCAAUACCAGCAACAGCAACAGCCUCAAUACCAACAACAGUCCGGUCAAGGAAAUGCUGCACCCAACACUGGUAUUCCUAUUUUGGACUCUGUGCUCAAGCUUGUCUGUGCUUGUCUCAAAUAA